UGCCGCCACCGAACCAGAGGCCUCUCUCCUCGCCGGGCGGCCCCUCGCGGUGCCGGUCGGUAUUUGGGUCAGGCGCGGCGCGGGCAGCCCCUGUGGGUCCUGUCGGGCGCGGCUAUAGGCGGUGGGAGCGGCCUUUCCGCCUCCCUUUCUCGCUCGGCAGCCGUGGAGAGAGGAUGGGGAAGUGCCGAGGCCUCCGCACCGCUCGGAAGCUGCGCAGCCACCGCCGGGACCAGAAGUGGCACGACAAGCAGUACAAGAAGGCGCACCUGGGCACGGCGCUGAAGGCCAACCCCUUCGGGGGCGCUUCCCACGCCAAGGGCAUCGUCCUGGAGAAAGUGGGGGUAGAAGCCAAGCAGCCCAACUCUGCCAUCAGGAAGUGUGUCAGGGUCCAGCUCAUUAAGAAUGGCAAAAAAAUCACAGCUUUUGUCCCCAACGAUGGCUGCCUGAACUUCAUUGAGGAGAACGACGAGGUGCUGGUGGCCGGGUUCGGGCGCAAGGGCCACGCCGUGGGCGACAUCCCGGGCGUGCGCUUCAAGGUGGUCAAGGUGGCCAACGUGUCCCUGCUGGCCCUCUACAAGGGCAAGAAGGAGAGACCCAGGUCGUAAAUCCUCACCAGCCUGACAAGAACACCAAUAAAAUCUUUGGUUUAAAA